AUGGUCAGGAGCAGUGGAAAGUUCCAGAAGGCCCAGACCCAUGCUGGCCGCAGAGCUGACAGUACCCUCCAGCUCUUCUCUGUGACGGGCAGCUUCAUGGACAAAGUCCAGCAGCUGGUGAGCAACGGCAAGACCUUCUUCCGUGUGGAGGAGGCGCUGAGCUGGCACGAGGCGCUGCAGCACUGCCGGCAGCAGCACGCAGACCUGGCCGACCUGCAGAGCAUGAACAGCCUGCAGUCCAUCGCCAGGCUCUACUCCCUCACCAGCGGCACCGGGGCCUGGAUCGGCCUCUUCUUCGACGUGCACACUUCUGCCCUCAGAUGGUCCAGCGGCUCCGCCUUCACCGACCCCGUGUGGACCACUCUGCCCUCUUUCAGGGAUGGCCUCUGCGCCACCCUGUAUUCGGUGUUUCUGGCCCCUGCCCUGGGGGCUGCCUCCUGCACAGACAGGAAGCCCUUCAUCUGCUAUAAUGGUAUGUGCAGAUUCAUCCUCUGGACCUGGCCUCCCCGCCCCUGCAACCCGGGUUGUUUUCAAGAGCAAACAAGGGGCCGAGACAGCAGCUGGUGCAAAGGCGGGCUGGCAGACUGGGUGCAGCUGAAAACCAGAGGUGAGGCCGGAGAGGAGCACUGCAGUGUGGCUGAAAGCCCCUCGGGACUCGGGCUGGGGUGGCAUUGGGGCCGCCAUGCAGUGACAGCCUCUUCUGCCCCAGUCCAGCAGCUGGUGAGCAACGGCAAGACCUUCUUCCGUGUGGAGGAGGCGCUGAGCUGGCACGAGGCGCUGCAGCACUGCCGGCAGCAGCACGCAGACCUGGCCGACCUGCAGAGCAUGAACAGCCUGCAGUCCAUCGCCAGGCUCUACUCCCUCACCAGCGGCACCGGGGCCUGGAUCGGCCUCUUCUUCGACGUGCACACUUCUGCCCUCAGAUGGUCCAGCGGCUCCGCCUUCACCGACCCCGUGUGGACCACUCUGCCCUCUUUCAGGGAUGGCCUCUGCGCCACCCUGUAUUCGGUGUUUCUGGCCCCUGCCCUGGGGGCUGCCUCCUGCACAGACAGGAAGCCCUUCAUCUGCUAUAAUGAUCCUGACGCCAGCCACCGCAUCACCACGGAGCCCUCUCUUGACCUGACCACCAUUCCAAAGCUAGCUGCGGUCCAGAUCGGCAGACAGAUCUUCACACGAUUUAACCAAGUGAAGACGUGGACCUCCGCCCUGCUGUACUGCCGCAGCCGCCACACGGACCUGGCGGACCUGCAGACUGUGGCCGACGAGGCAGGCAAGGAGGCGCUGAGAACCAUCACCGACGAGACGGAGGCCUGGAUCGGCCUCUACUUCAAUGCAGUCUCCAAGUCUCUGAGCUGGUCCAGCACCCUGGGAGCCAGCAUCCCCACCUGGCUGCAGGUGCCCAAGUUUGGGACAGGACUCUGUGGAGGACUCCGCACCUACGUGCGCUUCUCCCCGCGGGUGUACUCAGUGAACUGCUCGUCUCUGCAGCCCUUCAUCUGCUUCUAUGACCCUUCCAUUGGACACCGGAAAUACGCAGAGCUGCCUCCACUCUCUGACACUUCCUCCUCCUCGGAAGUUACCAUGGGGACGACUCCCAGGCCAGGCCCCACGUCCCCAGGGGACCCUGAUCCCCAGAGCAGGCCCAUGACUCCACACAAGGCAAAGGCAGGCCCCUUCCUCAGCUCCACCUGCAAUGCUUCACCCAGUCCCCGGAUGAUGGAGGACCCUGGGUCCAGUGGAUCCCACUGCUCUGAGGCUUCAGGCGGCUCUCCUGGGACCGAAGAAAGCACCUUGGACUCUUCCAGCUCAGGGAACCCAACUGUGCCUCAAAGAACAAUUGCUUUCCUGGCGUCUGCAGCCCCAAGCCAGGUUGCUGGCCUAGAGACAGUUGGAAGCUGGCCAGUGCCCAAAGCAGCUGUGACCAGUGCAGGAGGUGGCACUGAUACGCGCGAUACAACUACUGCCACUGAGGCCCCACCUCUGAGCUCGCCUACCCAGCCAGAGUCUAAAGGAAAAACAACAGCACCACAAUCAGGGUCCCCUUUUGGAAUCCUGAAAGCAGAUUUUACCAUCCCAGCUCUCAUGGACCCAGAGGAGAUGAAAGGCCAGUUUCUGAGAGAGAUUCAAGAAGUCUUAAAGCUGACAUUAGGUGAUGAGCAAUUCAGAUUGAAAUGGGUUGGCUUUGAAGCAAACAGAAAGUAGCAUACCCGGCUGAUCUGCAGUUUCUUUUUCAUCUGAUUGUCUCUGGAUUGUGAGAGAAUUUUAGUUUUUUAAAUCUUAGUAGAACUGGAUUAGAAAUAACAUGCUAUAUGCCAAGAGGCAUAGACCUACAACAUGCACGAAAGAAAACCACACCAUAGGAAACCCGCACCCUGAACUAUGUGGAAGGAAAUAGGCAAGCAGGAGAAGGAGGGGUGCUGGGGAACACUAUCCUUGAGAAUGACACACAAACAAGGAUGAUGCAGCAGAAGUCCCAAAGGCAAACCCCAGUCAUCUAUCUGGGGAAUGAAGAGAAGAGGGUGGUGGUCUAGGAAAUUCAAUGGGACCACGCUCCCAAAAAAACCGGAGGAAACUUCACCAGUAACAAGGCAUUGAAGAGAUUUAAAGUUCUCCAGCAAGGAGCUCUCUAAGGGCACCAUCAUAUCCUAACAUGUGGUAUGCUAGUCACCUGUCCUACACCUCAGAAUUUCUUACCUGUGAAGUGGGAAAUUCUAAGACGCACUGUUCUUAAUGUUCAAAUACAGCUUUAGAGUACUGUCCUUGCCUAUGUUUUCUCCAGGUGUCCUAAGCACUCAGACGCUUGCCAGAGGUGAUAGUAAGAUGUCAAAUACAGUAGCAACUUUAGUCUGAAAUGUUUAAAGUUAAAGUUUAUUCGUAUUCUUUGUAGGAAUAUCAAUAAAAGACCUCAAACGUAUCUAUAGCUGUACAUGUACAAGAACCAUCAAAAAUUAUUCACAGAACAAAAAUAAAUCUUCUUUAGAACAAACCCAGGUAAUGAAACGCAGAGAUGGGUCUCACAUAUGGAACAAUCUAAGUGCUGCUAGCACAAAAAUAUGGCUUUAAAAAUAAAAUAAAAUCUUGGGUUUUGUUUUUCUAAGGUGUAUUUCUCUUUCUUGAAAUAAAAAAUAAAUUAUUUAGAGCUAUCAUUGUAAAAUAGUCAUGUGUAUUAACACACUCUUAUUAAGGCCCUGGAGAUGAAAAACAAUCAAAUUUAGAAGGUGUGAUUCAGGUUAAUGUGCUGCUGUCUACUUCAGUCAAUUUUCAUGUAACUAGGAAAUGUCUAAGCACCAGUCCAAAUUUAGCCUUUACUAUUUAUUUGAACUUUCCUGCAAGAUAGUGGCCAAAGAGUAAAUUAAUAUUUAACCUUUUGGUUAAUUGGGAAUUAACAUUUUCCCACUAGAAGUUUGGAAAUGACAUAAAUACAGUAUUUAUUCAUAAAUAUUUACACCCACACAUAGAUGAGGGAGGCCCCUAAAACACAGUUUCUUGGGAAAUCUCUUGAUAACAGAUAAAUCUGGUGUUAAGUCUUAAACUAAAACAUUUCCUAGGGACAAAUGAGGACAAAUAACAACUGAUUAGGAAAUUAAAAUGCAUGCUGAGAUGUGGGCAGAAAAGGCCAUUCUCCCAUCCUUGGCUUGUGCCAAGUCUUGCUGGGUAGUUUGCUGAAACACCUGAGGAUGAACCGAUCAGAAUCAAAGCUACUUCUUCCUGGAUCCUCCCCUCAGAUGGGUGGUGUGCAACCUCCUGUGACUCCCCAUGGUAUCAGCUGUGAUACUGUUCUUGAGACAAUGUCAACCAAAUCGAUUUCAAGUCACUUUAACUUAUAUAUACAUAUAACACAUAUAUAGUACAUUUUAAAAGAGGAUAGAGUGACUGUCAUAAAACCUAACCACCUAAAAACUCAAGAGAGUUCGGGAACUAUUGCUCUAUAAAAUAGAUGAACAUUCAUAAAAAGAAAGCCCUAGGAAUGGUGUGUUUUAUGUGGGUGUGUAUGUGUUGUUGACAGAAAUUUCCUUUCCCUAUCUGUGUAUUUGAAGAGUGGGCAAGGGAUCUAAGUCCUCCUGUUUCUUUGAACCACUGGGCUACUGAGAAGACUGCCAGGCAUGGGUCUUCUUUAUAUAUAUUCUAUCUCAUUCACAUUUCUUCACCUUUGUCCUUCCUAAACUCAAGAGCAUUCAUAACUGAAUAAUGCCAACGAAAGAAUGCUUCCACAACUGAUAACAAUCAUUCCAACACACAGGGAGAUUCUAUUGAAAAAAAUUCAACACCCCAAC